AGAAGUGACAGUCUACAAAUCAAUAGAGUUCGUAGCGCUCACGGUCUGAUCAUCUGUCAACAUGCCAAAAGCCAGCGAGGUUCUGUACUAUCUGGUCCAUGUCCAAGAAUUACGCUCAAUCAUUCAAUGGAAAGUCUGGCACAAUGCGGUCCACGAGCGAGACGAGACCAAGGAGUCGGAGUCCGCGAAAAUCUGCUUUGAAUACUUGAACAAAACCAGUCGAAGUUUCAGCGCCGUCAUUCAAGAACUACACCCCGAGCUCCUUCUACCUGUCUGUCUUUUCUACCUCAUCCUACGCGGACUCGAUACCGUUGAAGAUGACACCUCAAUUCCUGCGAAGACCAAAGAGCCUGUAUUGCGAGAUUUCCAUCAAAAUUUAGAGGUCGAUGGCUGGCACUUUGACGGCAACAGACCAGAAGAGAAAGAUCGCGACCUACUGGUGAACUUUAGAUAUGUCAUUGAAGAAUACAAGAAGCUCAAGCCGGCAUACAAAGACGUUAUUCGGGAUGCCACCAAAAAGAUGGGAAACGGAAUGGCAGAUUACUGCCUCAAUGCCGAGUUCAACGCCAACGGAGUCGAUACUAUAGAAGCCUAUGAUCUCUAUUGUUACUACGUUGCAGGCUUGGUAGGAGAAGGAUUGACGAGGAUGUUUGUCGAAAGCAAGUUUGGUCAUACUGCACUUCUCGAGAGACCUCAACUCCACAGAUCCAUGGGACUUUUCCUGCAAAAGACCAAUAUCAUACGAGAUAUUCGUGAAGACUUUGACGACAACAGGAAAUUCUACCCCAAGGAGAUCUGGUCAAAGCAUGUGGACAAUUUCGAAGACUUGUUUAAGCCCGAAUACAAGGAACAAGCGCUGAAUUGCAGCUCCGAAAUGGUUCUUAAUGCUCUCGAGCACGUGGAUGAAUGCCUCUUUUUCUUAGCCGGCCUCAGGGAGCAGAGCGUCUUCAACUUCUGUGCUAUCCCUCAGUCCAUGGCUAUUGCGACGCUGGACUUGUGCUUCCGCAACUACUCAGUGUUCCAACGGAAUGUCAAAAUCACAAAAGGCCAGGCCUGUGAACUCAUGAUUCAAUCGACGCAGAAUCUGCAAGUGGUAUGUGAUGUUUUCAGAAAACACAUUCAUUCCAUUCGCAAGAAGAAUCGACCACAGGACCCCAACUUCAUGAAAAUCAGCAUUGCAUGCGGCAAGGUGGAACAGUUCAUCGAGUCGAUUUUCCCAACACAGAAGAUCGAGGAUGUGCUGGCCAAGAGCAAAUCCGAAGACGCUCAGGCACAACUCGCAGCCAGAGAGAAGGCUGCUUCCUCCGAUAAUGCGGAUACGUGGAUUAUGAUGGGAGCUGUCUUAACGACGUUGUUGGUCAUCGCGUUUUCCAUGUUUUUCGUUGCCUGGAUGUUGGGCGCCCGAUUUGAUGUGGCAUAUGCAGAAUUCAAAAACUCCUUCAGUCAGCUUACCAGUGGGAACUACAGUCAUGUCACCAGCGGGGAUUUCCUCCAGGGCUUUGGAGAAGAUAAACCUGCUGCUGCUGCUGUUGAGACUGUCGUCGCUGCUGUUGUGGCUACAACUGAGAGUGUAGUCCACAGUGAGCUUUGAAAACGUCCUGUCAGUCCGCCAUAUGGGUAGUUCGACAUUGUACAUUAAUGAGAUCUUUCGACAACACUCUUUGCCAUUCACCUUUUGUUUUGUUUGGCAGUUCAGGGAAGAAGCAGCGAGGCUCUUUCGGACCAUUAUUUUAAUGUCAUCACCAGAACAAGCACGGAUGUCAAAUUGCAACUCAGGCUCUUUCAUAGCUGUUGUUGUGCCGAAGAAGUGCUGACAAUGAACCACCAUAAUGCU